GGUGGAUUGGAAGCUUGAAACUGAACCGGUAAGAAAGGAAUCUGAUUUCUGCGACCUUUUUCAGCUGCUUUGCUUCUUGCUGGGCUGGCUACUACUACUAGUCUGCUAGACUACUACUGAGCACUGAACUGUUCUGUCGUCUGAAAGGGCGGGGAAGAAUCAGGUGAGGUCGAGCUCAGUGGUGCGAGUGGAGGAAUUGGUUUGGUUGACGUUUCGGUUUGAUUCAAUAAAGCCGGCCAGCCCCAGUGAGGCCCAAAUAGGUGGGCUGCCCCAUCUAGAGUCCAUUGGAAAUGCAUAAAUAAUUAUUUAAAAAUACCAUCGUGGAGUGUUUACUUGGCAUACCAUUGCCGCGAACCUUCUAAGUUCUAUCCUUGCCAUCAUCGCAUGCCUGCCACUCCGCCAUUGUUAAUCAAUUCCCUGACCCAAAACAUAAAAACCUCAAAUUCCAGUAUCGGCCAAAAAAGCUUCUUCACUUUCCUCCGCUCCCCUUUAACCCUUCCUUUUCUUCCCCUUUCACGGAAGACCCACUCCAAGAAACAAGAAAGUCUCGAUUCCGGAAUCCGAUUCAGAUCCGCCUUUGCAGAAUCUCCCGGUUUGCUACUGAUCUACUCAACACAAAUAAUCCACUGUGGCAGACUGAAACUUCCACGCAUCAAGUUGCUACACCAUCUCCCUCCUCUCCAACCUGCUUCGUAAACAGAGGUCAGGAUAAAUAUACGAAACCUAGGUCUCCUAUUAUAAUCUCGAGGAAUGCCGGUUGGGUUUUAUCAAUCCAUCGGUCGUCAUCUGGUAGGUUUCCGAUCAGUGGAUUGUAGUUGAUUGUCGGCGAAGUUACCGUUGCCAAUUUCGGCAUUCUGCCAAAAUUGGAGCUGUGGCCGCUAAGUUCUGUAUGUAAGCAGUAAUAACGUUUCUGACAGGAGAGACAAAAGGGGAAAGAGAAAUAUUAGGCGCAAAAAAGGAACUUUAACCGAUAAGAAAUCGGUGAGGGUUAGGGAAGGGAAGCCGAGUUACGUGAGCGAGUCUAGCAGCCAGCAGCCUCUUGAAGAGUCGUUCUUUGUUGGCUAAAGUAUUGUGAAUUUUUCAUGGGAGCAAAGAACUCGAGGGAAGGGAGCUGGAGGUCGGAUUCCUCGUCUGCGGCGGCAUCUUCAUGGGAUUAUGUUCAACAACCUUAUUAUGGGCAGCCGUAUGGUCAAGAUGGCUAUGGAUAUGGCUAUCCGCCACCCCAGCAACCUCCCACACAGCCAAACUAUCCACCGCCAGCUCAAGUUGGAGGUGGUGAUAGAAGGCGGCUUGAUAGAAAGUAUUCAAUAAUUGCCGAUGACUAUAAAUCCUUGGACCAGGUGACUGAAGCUCUUGCACGUGCUGGACUUGAAUCAUCAAAUCUCAUUGUUGGAAUUGACUUUACGAAGAGCAACGAGUGGACUGGUGCUAAGUCUUACAACAAAAAAAGUUUACAUCACAUUGGAGAUGCCUUGAAUCCCUACGAGCAAGCUAUUUCUAUUAUUGGGAAGACUUUAGCUGCCUUUGAUGAGGACAACUUGAUUCCCUGCUACGGAUUUGGAGACGCUACGACACACGAUCAGGAUGUCUUUAGUUUCUAUCCGGAUGAGAGGUUCUGUAAUGGAUUUGAAGAAGUUUUAAGCCGAUAUCGAGAAAUUGCUCCAAGCCUGAGACUUGCAGGUCCGACGUCAUUUGCACCUGUUAUUGAGAAGGCAAUGACGAUUGUUGAGGAGAGUGGUGGCCAGUAUCAUGUAUUGUUGAUAAUAGCAGAUGGGCAGGUUACUAGGAGUGUUGACACUGAGCAUGGGCGGCUAAGUCCACAGGAGCAGAAGACAGUUGAUGCCAUUGUACAAGCCAGCAAGCUUCCCUUGUCUAUUGUUUUGGUAGGGGUUGGGGAUGGCCCAUGGGACACGAUGAAAGAGUUUGAUGAUAACAUCCCUGCUAGAGAGUUUGAUAAUUUCCAGUUUGUAAAUUUCACGGAGAUUAUGUUGAAGAACGUGCACCAAUCCCGCAAGGAGACACAGUUUGCACUUUCUGCUCUCAUGGAAAUUCCUCCUCAAUACAAGGCAACGAUGGAACUUGGACUAUUGGGUCGUAAAAGGGGAAAUAUUCCUCAGCGGGUUGCACUCCCACCUCCUGUCUAUGGGUCCUCAUCUUUUAGUAGCUCCAAAUCUUUCCAGUCUACUACCAGCUCCAAAUCUUUCCAGCCUACUACCAGCUUUAAGCCUACUGUGCCGGUUUAUGAACCAGACACCCAUCCGAUCAGCUCAGCACCGCCAAUCGCAAGUUCAACCUACGAAAACCAGCUUUGCCCUAUCUGCCUCAGCAACGCGAAGGACAUGGCAUUCGGCUGUGGGCACCAAACAUGUCGCGAGUGUGGUGAAAACGCAAACCUUCAACUGUGCCCUAUCUGCCGGACUCCGAUCAGCACCAGGAUAAAGCUCUAUUAAACCGUGGGCCGAAGGAUGAAGGGUUUGCCUGCCUUUUGUAACUAAUGCGUGGCUUUCUCCAGUAAUACUGUAAUUCGUUUAUUCAAUGUUAUUAUUUUGGAUCUGCUGGUUUCAGUUGUAGGCUUGAAAUUUGUACAUACAGAAAUGGAAAACCAUUUUUCUCCAGUUUCCUGAUCGCUAACGCCCAAUUUGGUUCCCCUUCUUAUGAGUACUAUUUUCUGAAUGAAUAUAAACAGAUAGAAGCUUAACAAACCAGCAAGAGAGCAGG